AUGUAAAUUCAAUAGAUACUCUAAUUGCCAUCUGUUGUGAAAAAUGAUAUAAAAAUAAUUUAAUAGCAUAUGGAUUUCAAGACUCGCUUCUAAGGAAGAACAUCAACCAUGAAUAAAAAUGGUGUUCUAGGCAUUCUCUAGAGUACAUCUCAACCUAUCAAAAAACAAUUUGAUUCUACAAAUACACAGACCAACACAAACACCAUUGCACAAUCAUACUUCUUUCAGAAGUUUUAAAAAAAUGCUGAGACUAUCCUAUAAUAACAAACUGAUUUCGACAUGACUCCAUCAACAUUAUCAGGAUACCCAUCUCACAGGUUUUUGCAAGAUCUAUAAAAAAUUAAUUUGGAUUAGUAUGAAAUUGUAGCAAUACCUAAAAGAGUAUAUGACGAUCCUAAAUACAUGCUUACUCAACCUAUUGCACCAGUUUUAAAUACCAGGAUGAAUAAUCAUCCAUUUUAAAAUGACGAGAUAUCCUCACUGGUCAAAAAAACCAUACCUUAAGAGAAUUAUCCUCCUAAAAGCAAGAACUUGAAUCUAAACUAGAUUACAAAUCCAUUUAUAUAGGCUGGGUAUGGAGCACUUAGAUAAAAAAAAUUAAAAUUUUUGACGGACAGAUAGUUGAAUACAUAACUAAAAUGA